AUGGCUCUGGAAGAUAUUUGUUGCUUCAAAGACAAGCCUGUACAGCAAUUGUUUCCUUUUCCAGCUUUGGAGACAGAUUAUCACAACCUUGAGUUGGAAAGACUGAAGACAUCUCAGACAAACUGGGGGGAUCCACAGCACAUUUUCAUACCACCUUUCCCACAAGCCACCCCAUUCAUCAGCAGACGCACGUCUCGUUUCAGACCACCAAACCAUGCGCUGACCGUACAAAGGCCUUUCCCUCUGUCUCAUGGAACAACAACCUUGGGUUUCAUUUUCCAAGGUGGUGUAAUUGCAGCAGCUGACACACGUGCCAGCGCGGGUGGCCUUGUUGCAUGUCCGGCUGUACAUAAGAUCACCCCUAUUCACUCCCAUUUAGUGGUCACCUCCUCAGGCAGCGGUGCAGACUGCAUGCUUUGGGAGCGGAUCCUGAUUAGAGAGAUCAGACUGUAUGAACUGCGGCAUAAGCGUCGACUCUCCAUAAGAGCUUCUGCCAAGCUUCUUUCCUUUAUGUUGCAUCCAUUUAAAGGAACUGAAGUGUGUGUGGCACUCACUCUGUGCGGUUGGGAAAAGGAAGGAGGGAGCUCUGGGCUGGUUCACAACUUUGGCAACCGAUCUUUUGUGACUGAUGUAACCUCUUCAGGCACCCCCGGCACUUCAGCAGCAGAUCCGCUAUCCCCAAACAGUGGUCCACAGGUUAUCUACGUGUGCAGCGAUGGCGCCCGACUCCAAGGAGAUAUUGUCUCUGUUGGAUCAGGGUCUCCUUAUGCUUACGGAGUCCUGGAUGGGGGUCUGAGUUGGGAUUUGAGUAAAGAAGAAGCCAUCUCCUUGGCAAGAGAAGCAGUUUUCAGAGCCACUCAUAGGGAUGCCUACUCCGGAAACAAUGUGGAUCUAUUUCACAUCGAUGCCCAGGGUUGGAUCCAAAGACCAAGGGAGGACCUGAAAGAAGAACAUUACAGAGAGUUGGAGAGAAAGUCCAAACGCAGAAGAGAACAGAAAAAUAGAGAUACAAUAGAAAGCAGUUAG